CAGACUGUUAGGUUCGUGCCACUGACCCGUACUGACUGCAGUUUCUUAGGACUUAGUAUUGGAGCUGGUUUAUCUGACCACAAUACAAUAAGCUAGCGUUUUAUAUGCCUGGCGAAUCAACGUCGCCUCCAGGCGAACAGCCACUCAUACCAGAGCGGCUCCUCGACGUACCCUCUCAACGUCUAUAUUACUUGAGUUUGGGCUUGCUGCUGCAGGCCAUCAAGGUGUUCGACGUCCUCCAAAAUAUCUUCGCGUCUGAUGCAACGACGUACUACGGCAGAAAAUGGCUUAUAGUUGAUUUUGCAUACAUCGCAACUCUCUCUCAGCUCCGAAUACCACGUUUGAAGUACAGCAGGGCUGUCGUCUUGCUCCAAAUUCUGUCCAUAUGGUUCCUCGAUGGCAUGUUGUUCGGAGGAAUCAGCUUAAAUCUUGGGUUAGUGGGAUCAUCCGAAAUAAGUAGUGUACCUUCGGGAAUUCCAAAUCGACCAGACAUUCCUUCUACUCCGGAACCGUUCCGUCUCUCUGAUAUCUUUGCUCCACUAACGUUCGGUCUCUUUUCAUUCGACACAAAUUCCAAAGAUGCUCGCCUGCUUGGCCAACAUACGGUCCGCAUGUCUCCUAUCAGCACUGCUCAUUUCAAUCCACACUUCCAAACUUUCUGCCUCCCACCUGUCUCGCCUGCACACGUGCUCGUCCCAAUCCUUGUGAACAACACGAUACCGACUAAUGUGCGUUAUUCUUUUAUCCCACUUGGCUCGGGGCGCGUGGAGUACCUUGAAUUGGGGACGAAGGAGUUAAAAGCAAUCGAGCAAGCUAGAGUAGAGGGACUGCAGGUUGUGCGAAGCAAGGAUGUGAGCGAGUACGAUGAUGAGGAUGAUGAAGAAACCGAUGCCGGCGCCCGCCUUCAAAAGACACAAGGCUUGGUGCAUCUUCGUUUUUCCAAGCCAGGGACCAUAAGGCUUGACCGGGUGCUUGACAGUUCAAAUGUUGCGGCACGUCUUGUUCACCCGGUCGAAGUGACCGUUGUACCUUGUCCGACUGCCCAGUACACUGAUGAUAUUGUGCAAGAUUUUCACUGCGCAGGCGAAACAUCUGGUGUGGACCUUACCAUCGAUAUACGAGGCGUUCCUCCGUUGAGCCUACAGUGGUCAAAGGAUGUCAACGGGAAGAAAGAAUAUUUCCUUGUUGAAGGCAUCGAAGACAGCGGUCACUCGCAUACCGCACAAGAGGUUGCUCGCGCUCGUAUACCUCAGAAACUCAAAGUUCCGUUGUCUUUGUCAUUGGAUGCUCUCGGCAAGCACACGUAUAACCUGGAGAGUGUGAUCGAUGGUAUGGGAAACGUCGUGCAACUCAACGAUGAGUAUCGUGACGCGAAAAUAACACGAUCCCUCUCUGUUCUGCGCCGUCCGAGCGUGUCGUUCAAAGCAUGUGGUCCAGGACAUCCGACUUCACUCCUGAUUGGCUCAGAGGCACCAGUGGCAUUAACGGUAUCCAACGCAGACCCCGUGGAUGGGCCAUGGGACAUCGAUGUGAGGUUCGAGCCCGCUAGUGGGGAUGGAAAGCGCAUAAAACCAUGGGACAAGAUAAUACAGACACAGGAAAACGAUAAUGACGUCGUGCUAAAGGCAGGCGUCCCAGGGGAGUAUGUUGUCACUGGCAUCAGAGGCAAGUAUUGCGAUGGCGAUGUGCUUGCUCCUGAAACCUGCAAGGUCGUUGAGAAGGCGAUGCCCACUGCAGAAAUCGAGUGGAAGAGGAUUCAUGAAUGUUCUGGCGACACAGGUGUUUCUGCAUCCCUUGUCAUGCACGGCACACCUCCAUUCCAGGUCUACUACCGCACACAACGUGAUGCAGAGCCCCCACGUGAUCUUUUCAAGACAUUCACGUCAUCGCGUGGCGAGCUCACUCUACAGCCGGAAAACAGCGGUCACUACUAUUACACCUUUGUACAGCUCAGUGACGCCUACUACAAAAAAGUCGCGCUUGAUGGCCCGAGCAUUGAUCAAAUCGUACAUCCUUUAGCAGCAGCAGACUUUGUUGGCGGUCGCGGAAAGAGGGUCAUGAGCAGUUGUGAGGGUGUGACAGUGGGCAUUGAGGUCGAUUUAAGGGGCACACCUCCUUGGAACUUGGAGUUGCAGGUUGUAGGUCCACGUAGUACAGAUGCACUGACAAUAACCGACAUCAAAACGUCGCCCACGAGGAUAUUAGUGCCCAUACCCAGCGUUAUUGACAAGGAAGGUGGAACAUUCGACGUUGAAUUAGUGAGCGUCGUGGAUAGCUACGGAUGCAGACGAUCGAUAUCAGUUCCUGGCGUCUCUGUGAAUGUCAGGAGAGUGAAGCCAACCGUCAAGUUCUACGGCAAGCAUGGCCAACGGGAGAUCACUAUUCUAGAAGAUGAUGGUGCUGAUCUGCCACUUCGGCUGACAGGCGACGGGCCGUGGAAAGUCAAAUACCGUCACAUGAGCAAUCCAGAUCGGCUGUUCACUGCUGCGCUCAAGUCGCCUAAUGAUUAUAUCCAUGUCACACAAAAGGGUGUCUACGAGAUUCUCGAGGUUACAGAUUCCCAAUGCCCUGGAUCCGUGAUCGAAAGUGAGAACACUUAUACCGUUGACUGGGUGCCACGACCAUCUGCUCGACUGGAUCCUGCAACCGUUUGCACCUUUGAACCGUAUAAUAGAUCACACAUCCUUCCUCCGAUUUGCAAAGGCCAGGAUGCCCAUGUCGAUCUCGAGCUCACGGGUCGACCUCCCUUCCAGAUUAUGUACAACAUUGCGCGCAACGACGAAGCAGGGGGUACAAUAGUCCUCGACCAACCAACGUUCAGCAGCAUCCAGCCUCACACGCGUUUCCAGCUACACACGUCUAUCAUCGGGCGCAAGUAUUAUGAAGUCAAGCAAAUCGGGGAUAGUGCAUAUCCUCUUGCAAAGCACAAGAACGCUGUCAUCCCUCGUUCAGACCGUCUUCUUUUCGAGCAAGAGGUCAUGGCAAGGUCGUCAGCGAAGUUCAAGAACGACAACAGAAUUCUUUUCUGCCUGAAUGAUGCACUUACCUCUCGUGAAGCUAUCUCAAAUGAUGGUGGUGUUAUUCAGCUAGACGGGACUCCGCCUUUCCAGCUUGCGCUGUCCAUCAGGAACCUUGCCGCGAGCCAAGUGCACAAGGAAACAAUUGAAGUGCAUGAUAGGACCUGGAUACUUGAUCUUCCUUCUUAUCACUUCACAUCCAUUGGCCCACAUCAAAUCACGAUUGAGUCCGUCCAGGACUCGUCGCACUGCGAACAGAAAGAGCUUCAUCCCUUGCAUCGCUCUAUAUGGGUUGACGUUGCAGAAUCCGCUGCGAUCACCCCCGUCGACAAGAGAGUAGAUUUCUGCGUCGGUGAUGUGGCUCAGUUCCAGCUCGAAGGCACUCCGCCUUGGUCUAUCGGUUACCGCAUCAACGGCAAGUCUUACACCCAAGAAGCCAAGAAGUCCCCAUUUUCCCUCAUGCAUCAACAAGCGGGGGAAUUUACAGUCACAUCCGUGUCGCAGCAGCAGAAGCUAUGCAAAGCUACAGUCACUGACUUACAGUUUAGCGUCCAUCCUCUCCCAGCUGCCCAGGUUGGUCACGGAAAACGGAUAUUCCAGGACAUUCAUGAAGGUGACCAAGCAGAAAUAGUCUUCACGCUGAUAGGAGAACCACCAUUCACGUUCACUUAUCAACGAGCCGAGCCAAUUCCCAAGAAAGGAGGCAAGCCAGGAAAAGUCCUGGAGACCCAUACCGUGUCGGGUGUCACCACGCACGAAUACUCUAUAUUCUCCGCACUUGAAGGGACAUGGACAGUAACAUCCAUCUCUGAUCGAUACUGCCGAUACCCUACACAGUCAGAUGGUGUAGUAGAGAAGAUACGACACUAGGCUUUGAGAUACGAAUGCCAUCUGAUUUUAGUAUAUCUCAUGCCAGUAGCCACUGUAGCUUUAGACUAAUGACAUACGCACCACUAUUUUUCUUGACAGGUCAGGAGCAUUCCCUGCCUCAAUGCUCGUAUACGCUCAUCCGAGUCGUGACACGAUGAGCGCGAUAUCAGUGAGCUGGCUCGCAUUGUGUUUCUGCAUCUU